UGCUGUGCUGGGAGUCUAUCUGAUGUGAUGGACGGGAUGGUCUUUGCUAAUGUCUUAUUGGGUGUCCUGCUCAUAGCAGCUCUUCAUGGAGUUAACCCCGUGCAGACCAGAACCCUGCUGCCCUCCGAAAACAAUAUUCUCCACUUCAGAGCCGGUGCAGAUAUCCAGAGUGAGAUUCUGGCCCUGUUGUUGCGGCAACGUUUGCAGCCAGUCAGCAGAAAAAUGCCUCUAGACAUUGAAAUUUUGGGCAAGGAGGAGGACCUGGAAAAGCUGCAAAGGCAGAUCAUGCCCAGUACAGACGAGAAAGAACACAGGAAACGAGAAGAAGCCUGCUUCUGGAAAUACUGUGUGUGAUGUGGAGAAUGUGGAGAAUCAGACCCUAUUACACAACUCUCCACUACAGAAAAGACCUGAAACAAACCUGGAUAACAAACCUGCAGACCUCUGUAUACCUGAAAUGUUGAUAAAAAGUAAUGAAUUGUCACUACGCUCAGAAUUUUUUGUGAAGACAAAAGCUAAAUUAGUUUUAAAGAAAGGUUCGAUAUCACAUACAGUACACAUGCAUAGUUCGGAUGGUACUGUAAGUGUUAAUACACUACGAUAUUGUUCAGGAGUCAUUCAGGCAUGAAUAGGCUUGACAUACUCACAGUGUUCAAUGUGAUAUGGUAAAUAAACACGAUAAUCUGAACAUUGUUAAAAUGCCACCCUCUGCUGUUGGUAAAGAUGAACUGCAACCAGUACUUACAUGAAAACAGACCCUCAUGGAAUGUAAACUAAAGUGUCAUUCUCAGUGACGGUGUGAAACCUUCCCAUGUGUAUUAUAAUACAAUGCAACACAAAU